AUGGAAUAUAAUACAACUUCCAAGGAGAAUUGGAACUCAGUUAAUGAAAGCUAUCCCAGGGAAAGUCCAGAAAUAGACAGUAUAGAAAUUUCUCUCCGUAUCAUCAUUGGCGUUGUCUGCACAUUUGGACUUGUGGGGAAUGGAACUGUCAUCUGGCUUCUUGGCUUCCGCAUUAAGAGGAAUCCUUUCACCACCUAUAUCCUGAACUUGGCUGUGGCUGACUUUGGACUCCUUAUAUCUGUGGCUUUGAUAAUUUUACAACCAAUAUUACCUACUUAUAUUUUCUGGAUUAUUUUGGAUAUAUUUUAUGAUCUUUUUCUAGUCUUUUACAGCAUUGGUCAACUUUUACUGACAGCCAUCAGUGUGGACAGGUGUGUGUCUGUCCUCUUCCCAAUUUGGUAUCGCUGCCACCGGCCACCACCAUUGUCUGCCUUUGUCUGUGUGCUCAUAUGGGUCCUGUCUUGUGUAUUUAAUGGAAUUCCCACCAUUCUCUUUUUGUUUGGGAAUAAUGAUUUUUAUUCUCUCGAUUAUCAACUUCUUAUAAAUGCUGUUCUCUGCCUUCCACUCAUCACUAUUUCUACUUUGAUACUAUUCAUCCGAGUCUGCUUUAAAUCACAACAGCAUAGACGGGGGAGAAUCUUAAUUGUUGUCCUUCUUACCCUCUUCUUUUAUCUCUUCUUUGAUUUUCCAUUUAAUGUUGCUUUCAUAAUUAUUGAGCCUUUAUAUUCUCACAGAUUCAGGUAUUUCUGGGAAUGCCUGCAUUUAAUCACCUCCUUAAACAGCAGUGUUAAUCCGUUCAUUUAUUUCUUGGUUGGGAGAAAGAAGAGGAGUCACUCAAUGGAAGGUGUGAAGGUCCUACUCCAGAGGGUUUUCAAGGAGGAAGAAGUCCCUGGAGCAGAAGAGGAACCACCAUUAGAAACUCUGUUAUGA